AUGUAUGAGCCAAAAAACAUCCUCAUUACUGGUGCUGCUGGUUUCAUAGCCUCACAUGUGACUACCAAGCUAAUAAAAAAGUACCCUAAAUACAAGAUUGUAGUUCUUGAUAAAGUAGACUACUGCUCCACUUUCAGGAAUUUGAGGGCAUGUAUUACCUCACCAAACUUCAAAUUUAUUAGGGGUGAUAUAGCUACUGCAGAUAUUGUGAAUCAUAUUCUGAUAGAAGAGGAAAUAGACACCAUUAUGCAUUUUGCUGCUCAAACUCAUGUGGACAAUUCAUUUGGGAACUCCAUGGAAUUCACCUACAACAACAUCUAUGGCACUCAUGUGCUUCUUGAAGCUUGCAGGGUCACCAAUUAUGUGAAAAGGUUCAUUCAUGUGAGCACAGAUGAAGUCUAUGGUGAAACAGACUUAGAAGAUAACAUUGGAAACCAUGAGGCAUCUCAGCUUCUACCCACCAAUCCUUACUCUGCAUCAAAAGCAGGAGCAGAAAUGUUGGUGAUGGCGUAUCACAGAUCUUAUGGUCUUCCAGUUAUAACUUCCAGAGGCAAUAAUGUGUAUGGUUCCAACCAAUACCCAGAAAAGCUUGUUCCUAAGUUCAUUCUUCUUGCCAUGAGGGGUGAGAAAUUGCCAAUCCAUGGAGAUGGAUCCAAUGUGAGGAGCUACCUACACUGUGAAGAUGUUGCAGAAGCUUUUGAUGUGAUACUGCACAAAGGAGAGAUUGGGCAAAUCUACAACAUUGGCACCAAGAAAGAGAGGAGUGUGUUGGAUGUUGCAGAGGAUAUAUGCAAACUCUUCAAACUGAAUCCUAAAGAGGUUAUUGAGUUUGUUCAAGAUAGGCCUUUCAAUGAUAAGAGAUAUUUUCUUGAUGAUCAAAAGCUGAAACAACUUGGUUGGGAGGAGAGAAUUUCAUGGGAGGAAGGAUUGAAGAAAACAAUUGAAUGGUACAAAAAAAAUCCUGAUUGGUGGGGUGAUGUUUCUGCUGCUUUAAACCCUCAUCCACGUUUCACAGCCAUUAAUCUCUCUGAUGAGGCUCAAUGGUCCUUUCAAUAUGGAUACUCUAGGCUUGCAAGGUCAUUCACUGAAGUUGGAAGAAAAAGUAGUUCAAGAUUCAAGUUUUUGAUAUAUGGGAGGACUGGUUGGAUAGGGGGUUUGUUGGGAAAGCUUUGUGAUGAAGAGAGAAUUGAUUGGGAAUAUGGGAAAGGGAGAUUGCAAGAUAGAAAAUCACUUGAGGAGGACAUAAGAACAGUAAAACCAACCCAUGUUUUGAAUGCUGCUGGUGUUACAGGAAGACCUAAUGUUGAUUGGUGUGAAUCACACAAGGUUGAAACUAUAAGGACUAAUGUUGUAGGCACUUUAACACUGGCUGAUGUUUGCAAGGAACACAACUUGUAUAUGAUGAAUUUUGCAACUGGUUGCAUAUUUGAGUAUGACAAGGACCAUCCUCUGGGAUCAGGCAUUGGGUUCAAGGAAGAGGACAAGCCAAAUUUCACAGGCUCCUUUUAUUCCAAGACCAAGGCCAUGGUGGAGGAGCUUCUAAGAAACUAUGGAAAUGUGUGCACAUUAAGAGUUAGAAUGCCAAUAUCCUCAGAUCUUAGCAAUCCAAGAAACUUCAUCACAAAGAUUUCUCGUUACAAUAAAGUGGUAAACAUACCUAACAGCAUGACAGUGCUGGAUGAACUCUUACCCAUAUCCAUUGAAAUGGCUAAGAGGAACUUAAGAGGGAUUUGGAACUUCACCAACCCAGGGGCGAUUAGCCACAAUCAGAUAUUAGAAUUGUAUAGGGAUUACAUAGAUCCAAAGUUUAAAUGGGCGAAUUUUGAUUUGGAAGAACAAGCAAAGGUAAUAGUUGCUCAAAGGAGUAACAAUGAAAUGGAUGCUUCCAAGCUCAAAAAAGAGUUCCCAGAAUUGUUGUCCAUCAGAGAUUCCGUUAUCAAGUUUGUCUUUGAGCCUAACAAGAAAACUUGA